UGAAAAGGUACAUGUAUAUACAUGUACUUGCAAGCAGCACCAUGCACAGACUUUGGAGGCUAUGCUAGUUUAAGUUUGUGCUUAAGUACAAGCACCAAGUCCUUGGCCCCAUGCCAGCUAUGUACACCAUGUUUACUGACCAUGCAUCCAUUCACACAUUCAUCCUAGAUUGUAUCACUUUUCAAUUUUUGUAGUAUGACGUAUUGUAACGCGAUAGCUAUACCAAGAAGGAUUCUAACACUGUUGUGUACAUAGAUACCUUAUUAUGCUUUUUCAUUUGUAUGAGCAAUUCCUGCAUUUGUUGUGGUCCUGUGUAGGAGAAAUGCUUUGAAUUUUCAUUCAUUAAUGUAAUUGGAUAGUUCGAGUUAAGCUCAAGGUUUUCUGCAUUCCAUAUGCAAUUUUACUAUGCCAAUGCAAACAUAUAAGCAUUGAGUAAAGUAUCUGUUAGUCUAAGAAAGCAGUGAGAAUGAAAGUCAGUGUCAUUCUGGCUCUUUGUGCUGGAGCUGGUAUGAUCCUUGGGCUCCUUUCAGGAUCAGGAGCAGUGGCUCUGAUAAUUUAUUACUUUUUGCAUCUAGAGAAACACUCUCCUUCACAUAUGAAUGCUCAAACUACCCAGUCUCCUGCUACUCUGUUUUCAUCAUCUUAUUUGGCAACAUCAAGUGUAGUUAUUUUGCCAUCAACCAGCUCUCAAGCCAUUUCCUCAGUAAGCAGUUCUACUGUCCCUUCAUCAUCAUAUACUUCUAUUCAUAUGUCACCUAGUCCAACUGUAUCUCAAGGUUUUUGUGUCAGUGAGACUAUAGUUAAUGAUCGUGGUACAUUUCAGUGGCCAGUAACACCUGUUGGAUCAUUAGCUAACCUUCCUUGUCCUCAUGGUCCUAUUGGAGCUAGAGCUAUUAGACAGUGUAGGAGGAAUGGUGUAUGGGACACUCAUGAUAUAUCAAACUGUGCUGAUCCUGGGAUUACUGCUGCAUUUGUUUCUCUGGCUAGGACUAAUAUCACUAUUAAUAAUGUCGUUUUUGUCUGUCAAGAACUUUCGGCAUUAAUAUCUCAAGUAACUGAACCUGGCAAUCAAAAUUCAAACAAUUUGAUCAGUACGUCAUUUCUACUAAACAAGAUAGCCUUGUUAUUUUCUGAUCCUGGCAUCACUUUUGAAUUGUUUUCAACAGAAUUUAUAACAAUAAUAAUUGAGAGUGUUGUACAGGUACUGGAUGGAGUUAGUUAUUGGCCUCCAAUUGUAUUAGGAGCACAAUCUAAUGUUAUUGUCCAGUCAUUUGAAAGGAUAGUGGAUGCAUUGAUAAGUCAAGAGAACUUUACUAACUUGACAAUCAUUGAAACUGGCAUUGCAUUCCAGGGACUAAGAAUAGAGAGGACUGGAUUUAUUGGCAUCACUUUUAUUGGGUCAUCAAUAAAUGGGUCGUUAUCUAUCAAUUUGGAAUCAAGGAGUAACAGGACACAAGAAUCAGGAUUUUAUUUACCAGGCAGCAUUAGGGAUGCAACCAACAGAGAUGAUAUAAUACUUUCAUUCCUAUUGUACAAUCGUUCAACUUUGUUUCCAAUUUGUGACGUUCCAUCGGAUACUGUUGUAGGAUCAACAGUAAUUGGUGCUAGUGUUGGUGGUAUUCCUGAUGGAACCGUUCUACCUGACAAUGUCACAAUAAACUUCACAAUAACACAAGAAAAUGCUACCAAUCACCGCUGUGUAUAUUGGGAUUUCUCUGCAUCAGGAGGCAGAGGAAACUGGAGUGUUUCUGGCUGCACUACUCAUGUCAUCAAUAUAAGCUAUGUGACUUGUGUUUGUAAUCACUUGACUAGCUUUGCUUGUCUUGUGGAUGUAGGAAUAAGAGAUGGUUCCACCCCACCAACUCCUGUUCAACAUGCUCUGGAAGCUAUUACAAUUAUUGGUAGCAUCCUAUCACUGCUGGGACUAGCACUCACAAUUAUAACAUUAAUCAUUUUCAAGAAAUUCAGAAAAAGAGAUGUCAGCAAGUUUCAUGUUCAACUCUGUCUCUCGUUGAUUUUCAUGCUAAUAGUAUUUGUUGUUGGUAUUGAUAGAGUAUCAGUGAGAGCUGGUUGUAUAACAGUUGGUGUUCUCAUUCAUUACUUUGCUCUUGUAUCAUGGAUGUGGAUGGGAGCUGAGGCUGUACUAAUGUUUCAGAAACUAGUCAUUGUAUUCUCAACCAUAACAUGGAAAUAUAUUCUGACUGUCUCUCUUGUAUGCUGGGGUAUUCCAUUACUGCCUCUGACUAUAACAGUUUCAAUUGAUCCAAACUUUUAUGUGUUUGAUAAUUCUACUGAUCAAAUUAACUUCUGCUUCAUUGGAGAGAUGGUGCCAUUUGUAACUGCCUUCCUGAUUCCUGUAUUCCUCAUCCUCCUAUUCAACCUUGUCGUCUUUGCUAUUAUCAUUGUUGUGGUGAUCAAACACAACGUGGACAGGAAUAGACGAUUAGGAAGACCCUCCAUGACAACCAAAGAAGCUAUCAAGAUGUUAAUACCAUUAACUGGCGUAAUGCUAUUGUGUGGUUUGACAUGGAUCUUUGGUAUCUUCACUUUUAUUUCUGAGCCUGGAGUCUCUUACACUGUCCAGUUCUUAUUUGCUUUCUUCAAUGCUUUUCAAGGAUUUUUUAUAUUUUUGUUUUUCGUUAUUUUUAGUGGUGAAUCCAGAGAUGCUUGGAAUGCACUUUUCUGCCAAGAAAAGAAGACAAAUUCUUCAGCGUCUAACAAUAAAACGAUGAUAACUGCAUCUAGUAGAUCUAACAUUAAUAAGAGAUUCAUAAACAAUCAUGACUCAAAAACUCCUCCUAAUGUCAGUCGUUUGACAUCUUUCACUGAUACAGAUAAAAUUCUUCAAAAUAGCGACAACUGACAGGGACCAAAGUCUUUCAUCAUCUCACUGGUGUGAUGGAUAAUUCAUUCCCUUUAAAUUUUAUUUUGU